CGCAGGCGCGGGGCGGGAAACUGGCACCAGCGCUGAAACCCGGCCCGGCUGCAGGGCGCCGCAGCAAACAUGAAGGUCAUCACUUGUGAAAUAGUGUGGCAUAAUAAGGAGCCUGUUUACAGCUUGGACUUCCAGCACGGAGCUGAUGGGAAGAUCAAUCGACUGGCCUCAGCAGGUGUGGACACAGCCGUUCGGAUAUGGAAAGUGGAAAAAGGGCCAGAUGGAAAAGCAAUUGUGGAAUUCUUGUCCAACCUUGCCCGCCAUACAAAAGCAGUAAAUGUUGUGCGCUUCUCUCCAAGUGGUGAAAUCCUAGCAUCUGGAGGAGAUGAUGCUGUUAUUUUAUUGUGGAAGCUGAAUGAUAGCAAAGAAUUGGAACCAUUGGUUUUUCAGGAAGAAGAUGAAGCUCAGCUCAACAAAGAGAACUGGGCAGUAGUUAAAACUUUAAGAGGCCACUUAGAAGAUGUGUAUGAUAUCUGUUGGACCUCAGAUGGAAAUUACAUGGCAUCUGCUUCUGUAGAUAACACAGCUAUAAUGUGGGAUGUCAAUAAAGGACAGAAGGUUUCAAUAUUAAAUGAACACAAGAGUUAUGUCCAGGGAAUAACGUGGGAUCCUCUAGGCCAGUACAUUACAACUCUUAGUUGUGAUAGGGUCUUGCGGGUAUACAACACACAGACCAAGCGUGUAGCGUUCAAUAUUACCAAGAUUGUAUCUGGAUCAGGAGCUGAAGGAGAGGCUAGGAGCUAUCGAAUGUUCCACGAUGACAGCAUGAAGUCAUUUUUCCGCAGGCUCAGUUUUACUCCUGAUGGCUCCUAUUUACUCACUCCAGCUGGCUGUGUUGAAUCAGGAGAAAAUGUAACAAACACCACAUAUGUUUUCUCCAGAAACAAUCUUAAAAGGCCUGUGGGUCACCUGCCAUGUCCUGGAAAAGCAACUCUUGCUGUUCGCUGCUGCCCAGUCUACUUUGAGUUGAGACGAGCAUUUAAUAAAGAUGGAAUUGGUCAGAAAUCGUCUCCUGCUCUAUUUAAUCUGCCCUAUCGACUGGUGUUUGCUGUUGCUUCAGAAGAUUCUGUGCUUUUUUAUGAUACUGAGCAGUCCUUCCCCUUUGGUUAUGUUUCUAACAUACAUUAUCACACCCUGAGUGACAUUUCAUGGUCCAGCGAUGGAGCCUUUCUUGCUAUCUCUUCCAUGGAUGGAUACUGUUCAUUUGUUACCUUUGAGAAGGAUGAACUUGGAAUACCACUGAAGGAGAAGCCACAGAUAAAUGUCAGGACUUCUGGUGUAACAGAGAAGAAAGUGAAAAAGAGCCAGCCACACAAAGUCAUUUCCCCAGGUUCUAGGCUGGCAGAAGCAACUCCUCCUAGCAGGGUCACUGAUCCCAGCACUGUCACUCUCCAACCUAGAACACCCACAGCUGCUGCUAAGGACUUGCCUUCCACACCUGUUGUCAUAAAAAACAUUCCAGUAUCAUCCUCAGAUGAGAAGAAAAUCAGCCAGUCAGCCAGCCAGAGCGCUAAAGCAAACCAGCCCAGGAGAAUUACUCUCAACACUUUACAAGCAUGGAGCAGGACACCAAGGAGAGUAAACUUGACUCCACUGAAGGCAGAUACACCAGCCUCUGCAGAUGCAGUUCCUAUACCUCCUUCCUCAGAACAAGAACAUGAGAGGCCAUUAUCAUCUGAUGACAGUCUUCAAAAGCCCCCAGCAUCAAAACGUCCUAGAACUGAGGAUGUGGCUCUUUCUACAUCUACUGAAGAUCAAAUCGUCUGUAAUUCAAAUAAAGACUAAGCUUUUAGUAGUCUCUUCACAGUCUGAAGGAGUUGCAGCCCUAUCUGAGAGUGGAUUUCUUUUUGCAAAUGUUAAAUCCUCAAUUCCUGAUUAAAGUACUGUCUGUGUAUUUGGCAUAGUGCUGUGAAGAAAUAAAGUAGCAGUAGAAGACACAGGGUUCAGGAGAAGAACUAAUUGGGAAGUGGCUUUUAAGUUUUUCUACUUCUUGAAGAAAUCAUUCUUCAAGAAAUGCCACUGCUUGAGGAGUCCCAAAGUGGUGUUUAUAAAUUGUGAUAUUUGCCAGUAGCCUGUCUGGCAAAAGAAUUGAGUUUACAAGGACUUAAACACAUUCAUAAUGAUUUGUUGUGGUUUAAGCCUGCCCCCCCCCCCAAAAAAAAAAAAAACAACAAAAACAGACAGUUUCACUCAAGCAUCUUGGUUUAUAUGCUUAGCAGUGUGCAAAAUAAUUCAUGCUUUCUAGCACAUGUGGAGAGGAAGCUGAUGUUCACAAUGUCUGAAUGCAGCAGCAUACAGUGUGACUGAUAUUGAAACAUAAAUCGGAACUUGUAACUCUAAGAAAGAAGAAAACAAAAGGAAGAAACCCUCUGAAGACCUGUUAUAAGCAUUAAACAGUAGAAGAAAGUUCUGAAUUGUUUAGUUUCUAUAUUAAACAAAACACAGACAUGAGGUUUCCCUGAGGCAGCAGGAUUUGAGCACAUACAUUAGAAGUUUCCCCCUUUCCUUUUUUUCCAAAUCUUCUUCAGUCAAUACAAUACAAACCCAGUUCUAAAAGUUGGUUUCUUUUUUAGCAUUUCAAACUUGGACUAAGCAUUUAGCAUUUAAAAAUUGAACUAAGACCUGCAGAUAGAAAACAGUGGGACCAAAAUAUCUGAAAAUCACUACACUGGAUUUCCUACGGUGUGAAGACCUAGCCUUCCCAAGUAGAAUGAUCAUCCACAGUACUCUGAACUCAUCCACAAAAUUUUCUUUAACAUCAUGGACUUGAUUUUAAAAAGAUAAUUGUUAAAAUGUGGAUAGUCAUUCCGGUUGGUGAUAGCAUGUGGAAGUUUUAAGCAGAUUUUUUUUCUUAUAAUUUAGGCUAUUAUUUGAAGUUCCACAAUGCACAGGAGGGAAAAGCUGGAAUUCAUUUUAAGGCUCUUUGACUUUCAUUCUUCCCUGGAUAUGGUUGGUUUUAAGGUGUGUAAGUUACUUAUUGUUUGUUUUCUGUCCGUUUUUAAGAAAGUAGUACUUUAGAAAAACAGAAAUAGAAAUGUUUUCAGAAGUGAUUCAUGAAAAUUUCACAGAGAGGAAAUACAACUUGUGUUGGUGUUUCAGGCAAAUGAAGUAUGUUGCCUACAAUUAGAUUUCAACAAGUUAAUAAGCAGAGAGUUGUAAGACAUUUACUGUAUCUUUGCCUUCAGCCACUGAGAAGAGGAUGGAGCUUCAAUAAACUUACCCAAAGCUGGAUUUUCUUCUAGUGAAGAAUGUAAAUGAAAUUACUAAGCAAAGCCGCACCUAAAGCUGUGUUUUUCCGAAAACAAUCUACCUGAAAAUUGAUAGGCAAAGCAAAUAAUUGUGACUAAUAUGCAUUGCUGCACUUGCUUGAGAUUGUUAUUUCAUCUUUCUGUAUGACAGUGACCCAUUAGUACAGUACCGCAAUGGGCUUUGUGCACUGCAAAGGAUCCUUUGAAUUGAAAUUUACACUUCUAAAUGCCAAUUACAAAGCUAUCCUGAUACGUAUUUUGAAAACUUUUGGUUUUGGUAAGGUUUUUUGGGUGUGUUUUUUUGUUUGUUUUUGGGUUUUUUUUGGGGGGGGGGAAUGUUGUUGGCUUUCUUUGCAGUAUAUUUCAAUGUAAACUACUCUCUGCUCUUUCUGCUGAAAACAAGUAGGUUGGGUACAUUAUUAUAGUGUUAACUGGCAUACCUGGUCUCUGUAGACUUCAGUCUUCAGAUGCAAAUUGCUGGAGACUACUUUCAUAUCUGAUCUCUGUCAGAAUGCAAUACCUGAUAUUUCAACUUCCCUAAUAGGAAUUCCCUUGCCAGUACUACUUGUCUCUUGCCACUAUGAUUUCCUAGUUCUCUGAUAAUUUUGUUACUUGGUAUUUGUCAAAUUUAUACGGUACUAGUUUUUUAAAGUUUUUCCAUAAAUGGAUGCCAUCUUUUGCAUAAUAAAUUACUAUCUUUAACACCGUGA